CUGGUCAAGAUAUUCCGUAUUAAAUGUCCUGUUAAAAGACACAACUACAGAUGUACGUAACCGCGUACACGGGAUUCGUUUCGGUUUUUGCAUCGUUGAAUUCGAAUGGUGAGGUAUGCACGAGGCGGGUUGCGAUGGUGCCGGUAACUGUGCUUCGCCGCCAACGCGAACUCUGUGAUUUCCAUAUCUUAUACUAAUUUAAUACUGAGAAUACAUCGAAUAACAAGGAAACAUGUGACUAAAUUCUUUGCAAAAUCCAAGACUUGAUAAAGAAUGUAAAUAUGGCAGAAGGCGGAACAGAACCAAAGUCCAAUGACAAUCAAGUAUCUAAACAUCAGUUAGAAGUAAACGAGUGUCUUGGUAAUUGGCUAGUGUACUUACAGAUGCUCAAUGGCCUAUGCACAGCUGGUACAAAGUUGGCUCAAUCGUUACAAACGCUUCUAUCUGUUCAUGAUACGGUGGCACAAUGCAGAUUGACUGGACAAUGUCUUGCCGGUUGGGAAGAACUCACAAGAGCUACGUACAUAGCCAGCAAUACAGUAAGGAAUCAUAUUAUUGCUGCGUUAAGAGAUCAUGAAACUCGAGAAAACGAAGGAGAUAAACAUGACAUACUUAGGGAUAAUUUGUUAACAUUCAUAAACUUGCAAUAUCAGUUCUGCGUGGCUUGCUGUGACUGUUUAGGUGGAAUGGCAGAAUGCUCCUGUUCACAAAGCGGUACUGCUGAAUGUGACAUUGCUUCUCUUCAACAAUGCUUCGAAAGACUGUAUAGUUCACCACCACCAGUGUCUUCAUCAUCGACACAACAGUCUGUGCAAAAUUGUCAUAGAUCCCCUUUACCGUAUCCAUUGUUUCCUCUGCAGGUUCAGAGGAGAUGGUCCGAAACCGCAGCCGCAGAAAUGUCCGGUGAAGUCUCGGAAAAUCCGAUGAGAAGGUGGUCUAUGCCAUGGGAUUGUAGAAAUAUCACAGACUGGCCACGACAAGACGUUAGAUUUCGAUUAAGGGUUCCUCAUCACGACAGAAGUAGAUCAACUACGCCUGAUACAAUAUGGAAGACAUCCACCAUGGCUAGUCAAGAUGGCUUGCAGGAGGCAAUUCAAUUGUUAUCUUGCAAACCAGGAGUUAGGCCUUUAAAUCAGUUAUCCGCUUACACUAAUCAACAUAUUCCGGGUGUCACCUUAACAACGUGUAAUUUUGAGGCAAAUUACGAUUCAACGAUCUGGCCUGGAUCUCGCAAAGUAGGUUCGUUGAGAUGUUGGCCACAAGAUUCUCACUCAAGUGAUCAUUCCGAUCAAUCGGGACGACGCGAAAGCGACCAAAGUGCACACAGUGGAGAACACAGAGAUUCGGAACAAAGUGGAACCAGUGGUAGUCACGGAGACAGUAAAGAUAGUAUUCAUUCGCAUAGUGACCAUAGAGAAGUGGAACCCGGUACAGUAGAUAUAUUACCGUCUCGUAAAAGCAGUUCUUCAACAGACUCUUGCAUAUCAGCUCAUAGUCGUUCGGGUUCUGAGAGCGCCGGUGGUGGGGUAAUGUAUAUUUACAACAUAAAAUUGUUACUAAUUACUGUUUUAUACGUUGCGUGUCUGACGAACAUUAAUCAUUUCAGGAAUGCGCGAGAUCUCAGUUGUACUCGAUGUGGAGUGGCAGUGAUUUGCCUUUCAUUAAAUUGCCCGAAAGCAAUGAAACGCAAGACGAACAUCCGCCCGUGUAAAUGCUCGACAUCGGCAAAUGAAUUCUAUGUCUUUCUUUCGAACGCUGUCGUUGAUGAUUUUUCGAAGACGAUUAAAAUCGUUCUGACCAUUAUUAUAUUUACAAGCGCAGUUCAGUAAUGCGCGUUAAUAGUGCGUGUAUGAAUUAAUGUACGUGAUCGUUAAAAAAUACGCGUCAAACGCGACCUUUGAUGAUCAAUAUAACAAAUGUAGAGUCGAAUGAGUGUGUUUAUAUUAUCGCGCGACACAUCGGUACAUAAUCAUUCGAAGGAUGAAACAUAUUACAUACAUAGUUAUUUAUAAAGGUUUUUAAUUAUUCACGCUAAUUUAUUCACGAAUGAUUAUUUAAUAUCGAUUGCCGUUUCCCCUCUCUAGUCUGUCGAUAAUUUAUCUGGGGAGAGUUGUUACUUUUUUUGGAAUUUCGUUAUCGAGUUCCACUCUUCGGUCAAUAUCGUGAAGCUUUAAUCGAAUCUUCAGUUUUAAGUAUCAUUACGUUAAGUAUCUAACGCUAAUAUUGUUAAUUUGUAUUACAUUUAAAUGCAUGAAUUAGAAAUUAUAAACUGGAACAUGUUCUUUGCGUUCGAUUCUUUGCAUUGUCUCGAUAAUAUCGUGCAUAUGGCGUAUUCAAACGCUACAUUAAAUCAUAUCAUAUGUACAAAUUA